AUGGCUGUGUGUGAGGCCCUGGAGCAGGUGAAGCAUACUCUCCUGCUAUUCUAUCUGUGGGUGUUUUUGUUCCUGUCUACAUGGACCCAAAUUGGACAUGCUCAAUUUCGUAACCCUCCAGAAGUGGUGAUCCCUUUAAGGGUCACUCUCGUGAGUGGAGGCCCACCGGCUCCAGGAUGGAUCACUUAUGAAAUGUACUUUGCAGGCAAGAAAAACACUGUGUACAUAAAGAAAAAGAAGUUCUUUGUGUCCAGAGACCUCUCUGUGUUCACCUACAGUGACAACGGUGAACUGCUUCAGGAUCAUCCAUUCAUCCAGAAUGACUGCUACUACCGAGGUUAUGUAGAUCAAGACCCAGAAUCCCUGGUAACUCUGAGCACUUGUUUGGGAGGCUUUCGUGGAAUGCUGAACAUCAAUGGAAUUGCUUAUGAAAUCAAGCCCAAAAAGCUUUCUACCACAUUUGAACAUCUGGUAUAUACAAUGUAUACCAAGGAGCCACAUUUCCAAGCCACAAGAUGUAGAUUAUCAGAAGAACAAGCAGCAAAACACAGGAAGCUUCAAGAGAACAAGAAUACCACUUCAAUGCAAAGUUCUUACUUGGGAUGGUGGAUCCACAAGUGGUUGGUGGAACUGGCAAUGGUGGUAGAUAAUGGACGGUUUGUUCUUCGUGGAAGUAACAUCUCGAUAGUGGAGAUGGAGGUAAUCAUGGGUGUCAGUAUAGUAAAUGAUCUUUUUAACCCCUUGGAGGUUGACGUAAUUCUCGUUGGACUUGAGAUCUGGAAUACCGAAAACCCCAUUUUUCAUGAUACCCCAUUUGGAAUGAUGAUGGAAUUUUGUAUGUGGAAAGAAUAUAGUUUCAACACUCGUAUACCUCACGAUGCUGCACAUAUCAUUGUAAAUCAAAAGUUUUGUUUGAGGCAUCCUACCUAUUCCUAUUUGUUUGGAGUGUGCAGUUAUGAGGAUAGCUGUGGAUUAGAAUGUGUAACGGAUGAUGGAAUAGUAUGGUUGAGCACACGCUUGACACAUGAACUGGCUCAUACUUUAGGGAUCGAGGAUGAUGAGGAUCCAACAUGUACAUGUGGGAGAGAAUUAUGCAUAAUGAAUAUAGAUAUCCUGCCCGCAGAGACUUUCAGCAACUGCAGUUACAACACAUUUUUUGAAGCCAUAGCUGUAAGUAAAUGUUUGUACAAUCCACCAAGCCCAGAGCGCAUCAUCACAAAAAGACAGUGUGGAAAUGGUGUGGUUGAAGGUGACGAAGAAUGUGAUUGUGGCUCUGUAAAAGAAUGUGUAACCGAUCCAUGUUGUUUCGAGAACUGCACUCUGAAAGCAGGUGCUAUGUGUGCUUCUGGACUUUGUUGUAGAGACUGCCAGUUUCUGCCAAUAGGCAGUCUAUGCAGAGCACAGAAUGGUGUGUGUGACCUGCCGGAAUGGUGCAAUGGAUCUUCGAAUAUGUGUCCAGAAGAUGUAUAUGUGGAAGAUGGAGUCCCAUGCCUGGCAAAAGGAAUCUGCUAUAAGAAAUUGUGUAAUGACCGUGAGGAACACUGUAAGAAAAUUUUCGGUGAGGGGGCCAAAAGUGCAGAUCACAGUUGCUACUUGUCAAUAAACACUCUAGGAAACCGUUUUGGUCACUGUGGUUUGGAGGACAGUAAAUAUAAAAGCUGUCCACCUGAAGAUGUCGUGUGUGGUAGAAUCCAGUGUGAAAGUGUAACAGAAAUUCCUCUUUUGGGAGACCAUAAUACUGCGUUUUCAUUUCCUGUCGGUAAUCUCACUUGCUGGGGUAUUGACUACCAUUAUGGAAUGGCCAUCCCUGAUAUUGGUGAAAUAAAAGACGGCACAGACUGUGGUUUGGGACUUAUAUGCUUGAACAAGAAAUGUGUCCCUUUCCCAGUGUGGGAAGAAGCUUGCAUGGAAAAUGCUUGCAAUAAAGGAGGGAUCUGUAAUAAUAAACAUCACUGCCAUUGCAAUCCUGGGUUGGCCCCCCCUGACUGCUUGAAACACGGCGAUGGAGGCAGCAUUGAUAGUGGCCCAGCACCAAGAAGAUGGUUCUGGUAUGUUUUCCAGGUUUUACUGAUCUGGAUUACUGUUUUAAUUUUGUGUACCACUCUGACAAUUUGCCUUUUGGCCCUACUACAUAGAAGAAAAGAGGAAGAACCUGAAGCAUUAUCUGAGGCAACCUCAGCACCACCAUCAGCACCACCAUCAGCACCACCAUCAGUACCACCAUCAGCACCAUCAUCAGUAGUGUCAUUAGAGCAACCUGGUGGGACUACCCCGAACCCCAGUGUUAAAUCCUCACCCCGGAAGGAGCAAGAAAAAGGUGGAAGUUUGUCUAGGAGUCAGAGCACAACGUCAAGAAUGUCAGUCAAACAAAAAUGA